AUGAAUUUGAAUGUUGAUGGCAGUAUCCUCGGUAAUUCCAACAUCUCGGAUUUUGGUGAAUUGAUUCGAAAUGCUGAUGUUGCUCGGGUUCAUAAUUUUUUGGAUAAUAUUGGUUAUUCCAAUAUCUUUCGUGCUGAGCUGAUGACUCUAUAUCAUGGUUUGCGUAUGGCUUGGGAACUUGGUAUCAAAGAUUUGAUGUGUUAUUCUGACUCCAACUUGCAAAAUUUCUCCACAAUGAGAACACGGAGACGAAAUUACGAUAAAGACAGAUUGAGUGUUUUACCCCAUUGUCUUUUAUUUCAAAUAUUGUCUCAUUUGAAUGUCAAGCAAGCUGUUCAAACAUGCAUUCUCUCCACAACAUGGAAAAUUAUCUGGAAGGAUCUUCAUGUUCUUGUUUUAGAUUCUUCUUACUUUAAAACCUUCCAAACUUUCACUAAUUUCGUCUCUCAAAUUUUCUCUCUACGCAACCACAAAGCCUCUCUCCAAGCUCUCAAAUUUCAGUCCCGCUUGGGUAACAUAGAGCCUCACCUCCUCAAAACAAUCCUAAAUUACGCAUUUUCACCCGAUCUCGAACUAUUACACAUGUCCAUGGCAUGUAAUAUUGAACAAUUUUCACUUUCAAACUUUUCAUCUCACACUUUAACCUCUCUUAACCUUGCUGCAUAUUUUAAAAAUUUUAGUAGGAGGCCAAUAUUUCCUAAUUCUCUUAAACUUCCUGCAUUAACCAAUUUGUCUCUAAACUUCUUUGCCUUUUCCUGCGGUGGCGGCGAUGAUGGCUAUGCCGACCCCUUUUCGGCAUUUAAAAGUUUGAAUACUUUGAUCAUUCAAUAUUGUCAAGUUCUUGAUGAUAAGAACCUCUCCAUAUCAAGUGUCUCACUUGUUAAUUUAACAAUACAAUUGUCCUAUCACACCCCUUACAAAUUUGAGUUAUCUACCCCAAAUCUUUGCAGCUUUUAUUUUGUGGGUCAGCCAUUUCAGAAACUCAGUGGGCGCAAUAGCUAUAGCAAUCUCUCUUCUAUUAAACAUGUACAUAUUGUUUUACCGAACUGGAUACGAGUCGAAAAUAUUCCUUCGAUUCUAUUCAAUUGGCUCGUUGAGCUUGCUCUCAUGGAAUCAUUGACAAUCUCUUCAAAGACUCUUAAGAUUCUCAACUUAAUUCCGGAUUCAUUGAAGAUUGAUUUCCCUAACUUACUUAACAUGAAGUUACUGAAAAUAGAAACGCAUAAACUUUCAUCAAUACCAAAUGGAAUGGGAGACUUUUUGCUUCAAAAUGCACCAUCAGCAAAGAGAAUCAUCAUAGAAUUGUCAGCCCGACAGAUUGAUGAUUAUAUGCCUAACUUCUUUUGCAUUUACUUCGGUCUGAUUUGCAACAUACAUUGUGUCUAUAUUUUACAGAAGAAACAAAAAUUAGAAGAAUGA